UACUUUCACUCUUGCUCACAUUUGUUGGAGCUCUUGGUGAAGUGAGACUUGGAGUUUUAGAAGGAGGCUUUCAAGAGGUAGGAUUGGCCUUCCAUUUAGUUGGGUGUGUGGGCAGGCGCCAGGGAGAGUUGAUCAAGUUCUUCGAAUUGCGGAGGAGGAGCGCUAUUGGAACGUUCUAUUGUCUGAUUCUUCUCUUCGAGACAGCACUUUGUGGGAUCACGUUCCCCGUCAACCCGAAGGUAUAUCUCAUCCUAAGAAUCGUGCUAAGUCUCAAGUUACUAUACUCCAAAGAAGUUUGGAGAUUUUGGGAUGCGAACCUUUAUUUCUACCUGAAUUGACAUCAGACGGACGAGAUUUUGCAGAUCAAUUCAUGGCCCAAUCUUCUUUCACUCUUCCUCUGGCUGGUGACGGUGCUAUGGAACGUUAACGCUCACGCAAACAGAAGACUAGGACGACUCCUAGUGUUGAGAAGGAGGCUGUUACUACUGCUGCUCCUUCUUGUCCUUCUGCGAGGGCUCAGAAGAAGAAUAACAAGAGACCGUCUCCGGUUGAGUCGACCGAUUGGUUGAGUAAUACAGUUGAUCUUUCUUUUCCAUCUUCAGCGGCUGCACAUUCUGAGUUUGGCCUACACCUUGGUGAGGCCAGUAAGCUAUUAUUUCCAGAGGAUCGAGCUCGUUUUGAGAACAUCGGAGAAAUAGCUUCCAUGGAGUUGUCCAUCUCUCGCUCCUUUCAGGGUAUGCAAGGACUUAUGUACGCCUUGGAUAAGAUUAAGAACAUGAAGGAGCAAAUGAAGGACAUGAGGACUGAGCGUGAUACUUUGCGCGGGGAGAUUAAGGAGCUAAAGAGCUGCAAGAAAGAGCUUGACCGUGUCAGAGAAGAGUUACGAACUCAACUUGAUGCUAAGGAGCAAGAUUCUAAUCGUUUGAAGUCUGCCUUGGCUGAUCUUGCUACUGCCCAAGCUCGUGUGGACAUGUUGGAAGGUCGGUUAGUCGAAAUUGGACUGGAGGCUGAGAUCCAGUGUCGUGGAAAGAUGGCGAUGGAGUAUCGAGACAACAAGGCCGAGUCUUGGGACAUACCCCAGUACAUUGCUGACUAUGAAGAAUUGCUGCGGAUGAGGGCCGAGGAAGACGCUCGAACUAGCCAACUGGCUAACUUGUUUGAAGAGAUGACUACGAACGAUAUCCCGGUGGAUGACUCACAUCUUUCUUGAGUUAAC